AUUUUUUGUUGUUUUUCCCUCUCCAGGUGACCUACAAAUGGCUGAGCUACACCCUGGGCGUCCACGUGAACCAGGCCAAACAGAUGCUCUACGAUUACGUGGAGAGGAAGCGCAGGGAGAACUCGGGAGCUCAGCUCCACGUCACCUACCUGGUAGCAGGGAACCUCCUCCAGAAUGGACACGUUUGCCACAAGGUCGCAGUAGUGAGGGAGGAUAAACUGGAAGCAAUGAAGUCUAAGCUGUCCACAAUUGCCAGUGUGCACGUGUACAGCAUUCACAAGGCCCUGCUCAAGGACAGCUCCCCCCUCUACAACACCGACUACGACAUUGUCAAAGCAAACCUGCAGCACUGCAGCAAGUUCAGUGCCAUCCACUGCGCCGCCGCCGUGCCCAGGACCCCGCCCGAGGCCCCCCGGGCGCCGGCGCCCGCGCAGAGCCCCCCGAGGCAGAGGGACCCCGAUGCCGCCAGCACCGUCAAUGGCCACGGGCCCCGCGCUGCCAGGCCCCCCCCGCAGCAGCACAAAGGCAUCAUGGGCAUGUUUGCAGCCAAAGCAGCGGCCAAAGCCCAGGACACAGCUAAGGAGGCCAAGGCAGAGGCCAGGGAGGCCCCAGGUGUGUCUGCAGCAAGCAGCAAGCCACUAACAAAGAACAGCAUCAUGAACAACUUCUUUGGGAAAGCUGCUAUGAAUAAACUCAAAGCCAACUCUGUGCCUGAGCAGCCAAAGGAGGAGAAAGAAGUAGUGAAGCCUUCAGUUGCUGUAGCAGAACCAGAGUCAUCUCCUAAUACUGUAGCAGAGAAACCUGGGAAGAAAACAGAGUCUGCCAGAAUUCAGCAAAAGGACAAGAAAAGUAAAACGAAGAGAGCAGAUAGGUCAGAUGACGAGGAAGAAAGAGAUCCUGAAAAUGUCAAGAAAAAAAGGAAGCGAAUCAAACAACUUGUGUCUGACAGCAGUGAUGAGGAAGCAGAUGUCCCACCCUCUCCCACACCCGAGGAAGAGAGAGCUCCAUCUCCAGCCCCUGAACCUGCUCUGAAAACUGAGCUGGAGCCUGCAUCCACAGAGGUGUCAGCUGGAGGGAGGAAGAGGAAGCGGAAGCGCGUGCUGAAAUCCAAGAUGUUUAUUGAUGAAGAGGAGGGCUGCAUGGUGACUGAGAAGGUUUACGAGAGCGAAUCCUGCACGGACAGCGAGGAUGAAUUCCCCAAGCCCAAGGCACCAGCUCCACAGAAACAACCCAUGCUGCCCACCAAGAGAGAGCCAAAGGAGGAAAGGAAGAACCCAAAGAAAGGGGCAGCUCCUGCCAGCAGAGCCAACAAACAGGUCUCCAUCAUGGGCUUUUGCCAGAAGAAAUGAGCUGGCUCUGUCUCCUCCUGGCAGCUUGGGAGUGUUGCUCCCUUUUCUCGUGUGGCUCUCUGCAAGCUGUGGAGACAACAGGCAAGCCCUGGUUACACAAGGCGUCCUGCUUACUGUGUAAGGAAGCCCUCUGGACUAGAUUUUGUAUGAGAGAAAAGUUUUUAUUUGUUACUGCAAUAAUUUCAGUCAUCUUCACUAAGUGCUGCGGGAACUGCCAGCUAGAGGCAACAUCUAGAGGAGCUCCUGAAAGGCUGUUAAACCUGUUCACAUGAAAUUGUAUUUUUUUAAUCACCCCUUUGGUGCUAAGUUAGGAGGGGAGUUGUGGUGUUUUCCUCCCCUCUUUGUACACCCCCAGCUCUUCAGGUUGGUCCAGAUGUUCACAUUGGGUAGCAGCAGUAAUGUAGCAGGUCUUCAGGCACAGACACGCAUAUUGAACAUCUGCUUUGGCUUUAAGUGAAUGAAGUGUACUUCAUUUUCCCCCUAAGACUGGUAAAUAGUUUUUGCUCUGCCUUUCAUAAUCUUUUUUUGGACAAAGCAAUGCAUAUAAAAUUCUCUUACUCUCUUCUUCCUUGAACUUGUAUCCUCUGUAACUUGCUCAGAUGCCUAAUUAUAGACUGGGACACUGUUGGUGUUCUGUCUUUACAAAAACAUCCUUGAGGCUUCCCACCCAAUUGGCUCCAGAGUAACUGGGGAAGGCUUUGCUGUUGUUGGGAAAGAACUGGAUCUUUAGCCUUGGAGGCCAGUGAGUCAGAGGGAAGGGUGAUGAGAGGGCACUGCUGAUAACACCAGGCAGGUACCAGGGAACAGCACGAGCUGCAUCGCAGGGUUUGGAAGUUUUGGGUUGCCUGAAGGGUUUUUUUACAGGCAUAAACCAGACAAGAGAAGAGUUUUUCCUUGGACAUCUCAUCACCUGCCUGCUGAAGGAAGAGUGCCACGGCACAUGGUCCUGAGGAACCUGUUGUGGGAGAGGAAUAAAGCACAGCAAUCCUGUUAACCACAAAGGAGCUCUUGGUCUGGGCCUCCUGCUUGGCUGGUGCUGGGGCUGACAGACAGAUGUGAAACAUUUUCCAGAGGGGUGAUGCCCAGCACUCCUGAAGCUUGGGCUGGUGAGUGCUCCCAGGCAGGGGCUGGUGUCCUCAGUGGCUGGUGGAGAGGAGCUGCUGCACCCCAGCAAAACCCGUGCUGUGGCCUGGCAAGAGAAUGAUCAGCCUUAUUCUGGUUUAAUGAAAAAGUUUAACUGUGGAGAGCAAAACCCACCCUGCCGUAGGGGUUCUGUUGUUUUUGGUAGAGUUGAGGGGGUAUUUCUAAAGGCAGUGAGAAGUAACAAAUCCCUUUGAACACAGUUUUGGUUUGUUGUGGUUUUUUUAUUUGUCCUUAUUCAUUAAAUGUGUCAAAUUCUGAUUUCCAA